AGGAGGGUGAGAAAAAAGAGGGAGAGAGAGGGAGGGAGCGAGAGAGCAAGGGAGAGAGGCAGCGUUUGCAGGCAAUGUAAUUGACAAGGCUCGCAGUGGUGAAAUAAACACGCUUCAGCCAAGGCUCAGUUUUUUAUUGCACAAUUUUGACUCUUGACGCAUCGCCCGCACAGCGCACAGACCUGAUUUCGAUUAUUUUCACCCGAUUAAUUCAUCCGUGUGAAAUUAUGUCCCGAUCGGCGCAGAUCCAGCCGGCAAGAUGAUGAUUUUACCAAGGAGAGGCUCAGAUCGUGUGCCCGACUCGGUGGUCUUGGUGAUCUUGGUGGUCGCCGCUUCUCUUGGUACCGUCUUCGCCAAGGAUACAGCCUUUGUGGAAGUGGUUCUGUUCGAGUCCAGUCCCAAUGGAGAUUAUACUACUUACACGACUGGCUUGCAAGGACGGUUCUCCAAAGCAGGAGCCACUAUCAGCGCGGAGGGGGAGAUCGUUCAAAUGCAUCCUUUGGGACUAUGUAAUAAUAAUGAUGAAGAGGACCUAUACGAGUAUGGCUGGGUUGGUGUGGUGAAGCUGGAGCAGCCGGAGUUGGACCCCAGUUGUCUCACGGUGCUUGGAAAGGCAAAGAGAGCGGUGCAGCGGGGAGCCACAGCCGUCAUCUUUGAUGUAUCUGAGAAUCCGGAUGCCAUCGACCAGCUCAACCAGGUUGCUGAGGAUCCCUUGAAGCGGCCGGUGGUUUACGUGAAGGGCAACGACGCCGUCAAACUGAUGAACAUCGUCAACAAGCAGAAAGUGGCCCGUGCUCGGAUACAACACAGGCCACCGAGGCAGCCCACAGAGUAUUUUGACAUGGGCAUCUUUCUGGCCUUCUUCGUGGUGGUGUCGUUGGUUUGCCUCAUUUUGCUCAUCAAGAUCAAACUGAAGCAGAGAAGAAGCCAGAGCUCGAUGAACAGAAUGGCCAUCCAGGCUCUGGAAAAGAUGGAGACAAGAAAGUUCAAGGCCAAAGGCAAGGGACAGCGCGAGAGCAGCUGCGGAGCCUCUGAUUCGCUGAGCAGCAGCUCCACCUCUGACUGUGCCAUUUGUCUGGAGAAGUACAUCGAUGGUGAGGAGCUGCGGGUUAUCCCUUGUGCCCACAGAUUUCAUAAGAAAUGUGUCGACCCCUGGCUGCUCCAACAUCACACCUGUCCCCACUGCAGACACAACAUCAUUGAGCAAAAGAAGGGAAAUCCAGGACCAGCAUGCAUGGACCCCGGCAAUCCAGUUCAUGGCAGGCAACGAGUGGUCCUGCCAGUUCAUUACCCGGGAAGGGUGCACCGUGCUGGUCAGGUGACAGCUUACCCAACUAGAACCAGCAUGGACCCGCAUGGCAACCCAAUCACGGUGCUCACUGUGGACCAGCACCCAGAUCCCCAAGGUCUGUACCCACCCCAAUCGACGUCGGCCUUUCUCCGGAGCUACCACCCUACUCUCCUGGAGCAUUCAAUCAACCCUCAUCACUGUGGAUUAGAGCACCGUGGACCCCCUGCUUACCCUUCACAGCCUCAUCAUGUUACGUUUAAAAGACCCAAAAUCCAUAAUCGCAACUUCUCCCGGGCAGCCUGUUUUUCGCAGUAUGAAACUAUGUACCAGCACUACUACUUUCAGGGGCUGACUUUCCCUCAACCUCCUGAUGGUGGCCAAGGAUCUGCUGUGCCAGGGCAGCUUGGUGGAGGAGGGGUCCACAAGAGCCACCACAGCAGGGCUUUUCAGCAAGGGCUGUUGUACCCCACGGUGGUACACAUGGCACCUGCGUCUUCUUCAAGGAUAGCUGAUAAUGGCAGCACUUCUGGCCUUAGCUGCUAUCACGGGCACCGCUCAGUGUGCAGCGGCUACCUCGCUGACUGUCCUGGCAGUGAUAGCAGCAGCAGCAGCUCUGGCCAGUGCCAUUGUUCCUCCAGUGACUCCAUGUUGGACUGUACUGAAGUCAGCAACCAGGGGGUCUACGGUAGCUGCUCUACUUUCCGCAGCUCACUGAGCAGCGACUACGAUCCUUACGUUUACCGGAGCAAGAGUCCGUGUCGGGGCUCCGGGGGGGAAGCGGGAGCUACGGCUUGCAACACAGUUUCAGCUGAGGACUCAUCUUCCCCUGCACCCUUGGGACAUGACUGCCUCCAGCUCCCAGCUGGAGCUUCAGGAUAUAACAUGGGGGACCAUCUCUCCAACUGCAGUUUGGAGCCCAACUAUAGCAGUCGCUCAUCACUGGAACCCAGGGAGAACAGCAACAAUAGUACUACCUCAGCCGGGGCUUCAGAGGCUGCCGGAGGUGACAGGGGACAGGGGGCACAAGAGGAGUCGGGGGAGCUCGGGGCCGCAGCCUGUAGCUGCUGUUUUGAGGUGCUUCCGCCCAAUGUUGAGUGCAAAGGGCAGGACUUGGACCAAGCAGGGCGUCUUGCCUCUGAACGCUGUCACAGGGAAAUGGACUUCCAGGGGUCAACCUCCAAGAACUACUUUGCCUCUGAGCAAUUGUGCCCUUCCUCUGAGCAGGUGAGCUAUGAAGGGCUGCCUUGCUGCUUCUACAAAGAGAUGAAAGUCCACAGGGCCACAGCAGGGCGUUAUACUGAGGACUACGCUGUUAAUGUGCAGUAUGCACACGCAGACUCAGAGGCCUGCUCAGGACAGGGCUGCUGCGAACUCAACCAGAGAAUACCCAUUAUUCCUGAGGACACAGAUUGUGAAUCGGGUACAGGGGCAGAGACCCAGAGCAGUUUAUUACCAGUCAGUGUCACAGUGGAGACGGAGUUGCAGACAGGGGAGCAGCGUGAGCCCACGGACAGGUACUUCACCUCAGGACAGUUUAGAGGUCACCCAUACCUUCAAGAGGAGGAGACCAGGGCUUUGUUUCACCCUCAGCUCUCUGCAAGCCCCACUGUACUGGGAAGCAGUACUUCAACAUAUGAGGGAGGUUUGGGCAUAUGAACCUGAGUCCUGAAAGAAUGGGACAAUGUAUGUGGUACCGUGUCAGUCAAUCAUUGAAACCCUCAGUUGCCUUGUUCUAGCCUUGCUCUCUGAGCACUGAAUGUUAUCAUCUUAGAUUGU